AUGGGGCGAGGCUUUCUAUUUGUGUUGCCUUGGGCGGCUUUGCUACUGCAGGUCUUUGCAGGCCACGCUAUCAGAGGGCCCGGGGAAGAACUCGCACGUGGAGGAGGCGUGCUGCUCGCGCGUGGUGAUGCCGGAACCCAGCCCGUCCCAUCCGUCCAUGUGGCGGCGGCGGCGGCCGACAUUGCAGCUGCACGAAGCAUCGUCGACCGCGCCAUCAAGGACAUGUCGAGACUGAACAAGGCGCGCUUAGACCACCCCGCCCGAAACAAGUACACACUCAAACCUACGUCCAAGGGUCGCAAGCGGGACGGCUCGUCGGGCGCGACGCCUCCUCUGCUUGACGUCACCUCGGAGAUCGCCAAAGCGGCCGCGUUGAUUGCCAAUGUUGAAGCUGCCGCCGGGCCAUCGCCGUCUGUGCCGAAGCGUGAGACCAGAUUUUGGAUGGAAGGCCUAGACCGAAAAGGCACAGUCCCCUGGGGCAACGAUACCAGCUACAAAGUGUUUCGCAACGUUGUCACUGAUUACGGCGCUGAUCCCACUGGUAAAACGGACUCCACUGCCGCUAUCAACAAAGCCAUUACCGAUGGCAAACGCUGCGGGGAGAAAUGCAGCGGCUCAACGACCAAGACUGCUAUCGUGUACUUCCCACCUGGCACGUAUCUCAUUUCCAGCAGCAUCGCAGUUCUCAUUGGCACACAAAUUAUUGGCGAUGCAAAUUAUUGGCCUGUCCUCAAGGCUGCCCCAAGUUUUGUUGGUCUUGGAGUCUUGUCCACGGACGUUUACGUCGGGGGUAAAGGGCCCGACGGUAACGACAAUGAGUACUACAUCAACACCUCGCGAUUUUAUAGCCAGAUUCGGAACAUCCGCAUUGAUAUCACGGACACAAAUGCCAAUGCCUAUGUUUGCGCUGUUCACUAUCAGGUAGCGCAGGCAACGACGAUUCAGAAUGUCGAGCUCAUUGCGAAGACCGGAACGACCCAACAAGGCAUGUUUGCCGAAAACGGAAGCGGAGGCGUCCUGUCGGAUGUUACCUUCACGGGUGGUAACUUUGGCUUCUAUGGCGGAAACCAGCAAUUCAGUGCCGUGCGUAUGACAUUCAACGGCUGCAAGACGGCGGCUCAGAUCACAUGGGACUGGGGUUGGGUAUGGAAGUCAGUCAAAGUAAACGGCGCAGACGUGGGAUUCCGACUUGUUGGUGCCGAUGGCAGCAACCAAGUCGGGUCUAUUUCAUUCAUUGACUCGACCUUCUCCGACAUCAAAACCUCAGCAAUUAUUCUCAAAACACCCGACGCGGCUCCUGGGACUGGAACCACUGGCGUCGUCCUCGACAACGUUCUGCUGGGUGGCAACAUCGCCGAUCAUACAGGCAAGCAGCUGCUAGCAGCCGGCUACCAUAGGAGCUGGGUUGUUGGUCCCGUCUACCAGAAGGGUAUCCGCUCCUGGCAGGCUGGCUCAGUAGAGUACCAUCGCAAGAAAGCCCUGCUCGGCGAAGCAGUCGAGGGAUUACAAGUCCCUCCCUAUUUUGAGCGACUACGAGCGCAAUACGAGGACAAGACUGUCGCCGACUUUGUGCACCUCAAGGAUGGCGGGGCAAAGGGAGACGGGAGCACCGAUGACACAGCUGCCGCACAGGCCACCUUCAACCGAUACGGCGAUGGGAGCAAGAUCAUUUAUGUCGACUCAGGAACUUACAUGUUGACAGACACGGUAACUAUACCGAAAAACGCCAAGGUCGUCGGCGAGGCCUGGGCUCAGUUUGCGGCUACUGGCGACAAGUUUUCUGAUCCAGGGAAUCCACGCCCGAUGCUCAAGGUGGGCAACGUUGGUGACGUGGGGUCCGUUGAGAUACAAGACCUCAUCCUCACGACGAAAGGCGGCACUGCAGGCGUCGUCCUCAUGCAAUGGAACGUGAAGGCGAGCGGUCCCGGUGCCGCUGCGCUGUGGGAUGUCCACGCUCGAGUUGGUGGAGCCACGGGCACGGAGCUCACACCGAGAGAAUGCCCGGCCCUCAAAAGUGGCCCCAAUCCAGACAGCUGCAAGGCGGCGAGUCUACUAUUCCACCUCACCUCCAAGGCUUCGGCUUAUCUGGACAAUAUGUGGUUGUGGGUCGCUGACCACAUGGCGGACGACGAGGACCUCGACUCUGCGGUCAACGACAACCCCCAGGUCUCUGUAUACAGCGCCCGAGGGUUCCUGAUUGAGAGCAAAGGCCCGACUUGGCUAUAUGGCACAGCUUCCGAGCACAGUGUCUACUAUCAGUAUAAUUUCUUCAAGGCCCGGAACAUCUUCACCACCAUGAUACAGACGGAGGCGCCAUACUACCAGCCGACCCCGCCCCCUCCUGCGCCUUUCCAGAACGACGUCGGCCGACUGCCCGGCGAUCCCAGCUACGCCUGCAACGAUACGACAACAGGCGGCUGCGAUGAAUCGUGGGCGGUCAUGAUGCAAGGAUGUCAGAAUGUGCACAUCGGCGGGGCAGGGACGUACUCCUGGUUCAGGACGUAUGCCCAGGACUGCGUGGCCAAGCACGCGUGCCAAAAGACUCUCUGGUGGCUCGACGGCAACUAUGAUAACAAUCGCUUGCAACACAUUAUUGGAAUCGGCGCGGAGAAUGUGCUGGCGGUUGACGGUAAGGUGGUGAGUUCGUUGGACAACCUUGCCACGACGGGUGGUGUGCAGUGGGCGCAGAUUUCCGUCCUCGACGUUCCGUCCAAGGGUAGAGCGCCUGGUACCUGCGUCCAACAGCUUGUAUGA